AUGUCGUCUGUCGACCCCUCCCGCCCCGAUAUCGUUGUAUUCAUGGCACGCGCCUCAGCCACACUCGGCCGUGCACUCCCCCCACCCAAAGACAUCUUCCACUUCGGGGGGUCGUCCCCCAGACUCGCCGACGAGCGGCUCCACCUCGCCAUAGAGGGCAAGAAGUCGGCGACCACGUCCUGGCCGGUGCCGGAACCGCUACAUUGGGGCGUCGGCGACCUGUCGGUCAUCCUCGACGGCGCGGGGCGGCCACGGGCGCUGAUGCGGACCACGUCGCUCGUGCAGUGCUCGUUUCGGGACGUCGAGGAAGACUUUGCGCUCGCCGAGGCCGAGGGUGACUAUGAAGCGUACCGGACGGGCCAUGUCGCAUUCUAUCGCGAGCAGGAAGGUGGCGAGGCCUUCGGCGAAGACAGCAUCGUGCUGUGCGAGCGGUUUGAGGUGAUUUAUUCGGCGGAAGCGCGCGGAGAGGACGAUGGACUGGUGGAGGAUGUGGGCGCCGGUCAAAACCGUCAAUGA